AUGGGAUCUGAAAGAUAUCCUCCACGCCACAGCAUAACACAGAGUAUAGCUCAAAACACCUCAAGAUCCUUGUUUGUCCACCACGCCACCCUGAGCGACCUUGAGCCGUCAGUUGGUUAUUAUGGUCAAAAUGGAUUGGAAGGCAGCCGAAGAGAAGGAGACAAGGAGCCUGGUACUGUAGGGUUGUCAGCAUCUUUCCAAGGUCUUUUUGAUUAUAUCAAUUGGAAAAGAAACCAGGUAUUUGAAGCUCGUGAACCGCAUAAAGCGUUUGACUCAAGUCAAGAGCGAUCGAAGGAAACCAGUGCGCUAUCCCACGCCACAUCAGCCGCCAUUGCCGCUGAUUGGUUAUAG